GGAAAGGCAGAUAUAUAUAAACUUACUUCUGAAACUGCCUGUUACCUACUUGCGGGCUUGAAAAUUUCUCUUUUACCAAAAAUCUUUCAGAGAAUAAUCGAGGUUAUUAGAUUCUUAGAUACGAAAUAUCUCUGGAUAGAUUUCUUAUAUAUAAUAUAG